UGUUGUUGCUGCUGCUGCUGCUUCUAUGGAUGGGGCCCCGGAGCUGUGGAAAUGCCAGUUCAGUGACUCUGCCAGAAACAUUGCUGUUUGUUUCAACGCUUGAUGGAAGUUUACAUGCUGUUAGCAAGAGGACAGGGUCAAUUAAGUGGACUUUAAAAGAAGAUCCUGUACUUCAGGUGCCUUUACAUGUGGAAGAUCCUAGACCAGCAUUUCUUCCUGAUCCGAAUGAUGGAAGUCUGUACACACUUGGCGGCAAGAAUAAUGAAGGCUUGACUAAACUGCCAUUCACCAUCCCUGAGCUAGUUCAAGCAUCCCCCUGCCGCAGUUCGGAUGGAGUUCUGUACAUGGGGAAGAAGCAAGACAGCUGGUAUGUGGUAGACCUUGCGACGGGGGAAAAACAGCAAACUUUAACCUCUUCAUUUGCCGAAAGCCUGUGCCCAUCAACAUCUCUCCUGUAUCUUGGCCGAACAGAAUAUACCAUCACCAUGUACGAUACCAAGAGUAAGGAGCUCCGCUGGAAUGCCACUUACUUUGACUAUGCAGCCACUUUGCCUGAUGAAGAUGUGCAAUAUAAAAUGUCCCACUUUGCAUCUAAUGGAGACGGGCUGGUGGUGACUGUAGACAGUGAGUCCGGGGACGUCUUGUGGAUCCAGAAUUAUGGCUCCCCUGUUGUGGCUUUUUACAUCUGGCAGCGGGAAGGCUUAUGGAAAGUGAUGCAUACAAAUGUGGGGGUAGAAACACUGCGCUACCUGACAUUCAUGUCUGGUGAAGUUGGACGCAUCACUAAGUGGAAGUACCCAUUUCCCAAAGAAACAGAGGCCAAAAGCAAAUUGAUGCCAACCCUCUAUGUAGGGAAAUAUUCCACAGGCUUGUAUGCAUCGGCAUCAAUGGUUCAUGAAGGAGUAGCUAUUAUGCCCCGGGGAAGUCCCAUACCUCUGAUAGAGGGUCCAAAAACACACGGUAUCACCAUUGAAGAGUGUGUUAUCACCCCAAGUACUGAUCUAAAGUUUGAAUCUGGAUUUAAACAAAACAGCAGAUUCCACUAUUUGAGGAACCACUGGCUUUUAAUAGGGCACCACGAGACACCAUUAUCAGCUCCAACAAAGAUCCUGGAGAAAUUUCCAAGCAAUUUGCCAAAGCGGCAUGAAAAUGUGAUCCCGGCAGAAUCAGACAAAUCAGCUUUUGAAGAGGCAAUUGAUAUGGCUGGGAGUUCUCCAAAAGACUUGCCUUCGCCUAUUCCAGAGAAUGCUGGAGAGACACCCAGCCAAACUACACCACGACCAGAAGCUCCCGUCGAUUCCAUACUGAAGGACAUAGCCACAUUUGUCCUGAGCGGCUUCUUACUUUUUGGCUGGGUAGCCUUUGUCAUCACAUAUCCAAUGAGCGUACAUCAUCAGCAACAGCGACAACAUCAGCAGUUCCAGAAACAGCUGGAGGAGAAGAUAAGGUUGUUGAAGCAGCAGCCCUUCACUCCUGCCAUAGACCUGCCACCCGAAGCAGAAUUAUUGGAUGGUUCCUGUGUCAGGCCAGAAAGCUCAGCCACCAGCACACCAAAUAUGUCUCCAAAAGCAUCAAACCACUCUGCAUAUUCCAAUGUCUCUGCUUCUGAUGUUGGAAGCUGUGUUUCCACUGAGCAAGAAGAAGAUGGAAACACGGGCACGAUAGUGGUUGGAAAGAUUUCAUUCAACCCAAAGGAUGUUCUUGGACAUGGAGCUGAGGGAACAAUUGUUUAUAGGGGGACAUUUGACAACCGAGAUGUUGCUGUGAAGAGGAUUCUCCCUGAAUGUUUCAGCUUUGCUGAUCGGGAGGUGCAGCUGUUGCGAGAAUCUGACGAACAUCCAAAUGUGAUCCGUUACUUCUGCACAGAAAAGGACCGGCAGUUCCAAUACAUAGCCCUUGAGCUCUGUGCUGCCACUUUACAAGAGUAUGUGGAGCAGGACUUCAGUCACCAUGGUUUGCAUCCGAUCAUCCUCUUGCAGCAGACAAUGUCUGGCCUUGCUUAUCUACAUUCUCUCAACAUUGUUCACAGAGAUCUGAAGCCCCACAAUAUCCUGAUUUCUAUGCCUAAUGCCCAUGGCAAAGUCAAAGCCAUGAUUUCAGACUUUGGCCUGUGUAAGAAGCUUGCUGUGGGCAGACGCAGUUUUAGUCGUCGGUCAGGAGUACCAGGUACUGAAGGCUGGAUUGCUCCGGAAAUACUGAGUGAGGACUGCAAAGAGAAUCCGACACAUACAGUGGACAUUUUUUCAGCUGGAUGCGUCUUUUACUAUUUGAUAUCAAAAGGCAAUCAUCCAUUUGGCAAAUCCCUGCAGCGGCAAGCCAACAUUUUGCUGGGUGCCUACAGUCUGGACCUACUAAGUCCAGAGAAGCAUGAGGACAUAGUUGCACGUGACUUAAUAGAGCAAAUGAUAAGUACAGAUCCUCAGAAGCGUCCUUCAGCUAAGUGUGUACUAAAACAUCCAUUUUUCUGGGGUUUAGAAAAGCAGCUCCAGUUUUUCCAGGAUGUGAGUGACCGAAUAGAAAAAGAAUCGUUAGAUGGUCCAAUAGUCAAGGAGCUGGAGAGAGGAGGAAGAACAGUGGUGAAUAUGGACUGGAGAGAGCACAUCACCGUCCCUUUACAAACGGAUCUUCGAAGAUUCCGAUCCUAUAAAGGGGGCUCAGUAAGAGAUCUCCUGCGGGCAAUGAGAAAUAAGAAACAUCACUAUAGAGAGCUGCCCCCUGAGGUGCAGGAGACCCUGGGUACUGUCCCAGAUGAUUUUGUACAUUACUUUACAUUGCGUUUCCCUCACCUUCUUCUGCAUACCUAUCAUGCUAUGCGAAUCUGCUGCCAGGAAAGACUAUUCCAGCCUUAUUAUAUGCAAGACUCUGAUGGGCAGAUUCUUCCUGGAGAUGCUGUUUGAAAGAUGGAGAGCCUUUGUUCUUUGCACAUACGGGGCUGUGAAACAGGCCCGUCCUUCGCAGGGUGACUGGAGGGAUUUCCAUAGAGUGAAAAAGCCUCUUUGAGAGAUCCAGACUUCUCAAACGUGCCUUGUACUCUGCCUGCUCUAACUCAGGAAGAGGACUCCAGGUUGGAAUCCAAGGAAGGAGACGUGGUAACUUGCACACAGCUUUAUACCGCGGAAGAGAGGAGCAGCGAAAUGGCAGCUCCUAAGAAGAAAAAGUGAAGUGGAGUAUAAAAUAGUUCAGCUUGACACAAGCAUCAUUAUGAUCUCAGAAAUACCUACACUGUAUGCUCUUUUUUUAUACUGGCAUUCAGGCUUUACUGCACAGAAUCAUAAACAAUUAUUGACUGGAACUAUAACAUUGCCAAGCACCUUCCGGAUCUCAGGAAGGAGCCACCUAAGUGUAGCACAUUAUUUCCGUCCCCUAUUGUACCACUGCCAUACUGUGCACUUAAAACAGACACGGUUGGUUUUUAAAGGGAAUACGUUAGCGCAAACAUGCCAGUGGUUGGAGUGAAAAGUAUGAAUCUUCAAACAUUAGUCUCUGAGUACUUUUGCAUACACCUGAAGUUGUCAUUGAAAUUGCCAACUGGAAGCAUUACUCCAAAUGCGAUGAGUUCACAGAUAUGCAAGACUACAUGGCAUGGUAUUACCAAAAAAAAAAAUCCAGAUAUUUCUGGAACAAGCUUUGGCUUAGGUCACAAGUACUGGAAAUCCCUUAUACUUUUGGAGAAAUCUAUUCAGAUGCUGUUUCUGAUUUCUUUUACAAGAAUGUGAGUAGCUGGUAGAUGUGAUUUAGAUGCAACAGUCAAUACAGUUAGAAGGGCUCCUUAAUUCUGUUUGUAAGGUUAAGGGAUCAAUCCUAAGCUCCCGAGGAGAACCACUGAAGGGCUUUUUGAUGUUGUAGAUGUUCCCCUCUGCCUAUGGAGAGGGAGACCUGCCCACAAAGGCCCUCCCUGGAUAGUGGCCAAGGCUCUGCCACCAUUGCUGCUCCGCUUGUGGCAGGGGGAGUUAAAUAAAGGAGUGUGUCCUCUUUCUCCACCUCCUCUUCAACCUCCACCCCUGGUAACCUUCAUGCCAGUGGGUGGAGCUUGUCAAAGGGGCAGAGCUUGGGGUGAGGGGAGAAGCCCACAGAGGUCCCCAAACUAUCCACAGGCCGGAUGGGCAACCUCUGCUGACUGAAUGAGGCGUGCAGGUUGCCUUCCCCUGCCUUGGAUCCACUGGAUCCAAAGCUCCCUCUUUCCCCUGACAGGCCCCGGAAAGGGCAAAGAAGUGCAUAAACUCUGGAGCCAGUGUAUUUAUUUUCCUUGUAUUGAAGCCAGUGGGCAUAAACAAAAAUUUUAAAAAGAAACUCAUCAAUAAAAAAGGUGUGGGGGGGAAGUGGGGGGAAGGACACUCACACCCACACCUUUUACAGUGGCUGGAAUGAGUCCAGCAGGGCUUUAGGGAGUGCAGUGGUUUAUUCCACCCCCACCCCCAAGCCCCCCUAGGAAUGCUCUGCAAACUGUUAAUCUAGAGGCAGCAGGAUUUAACAGGAGAAAACAGGGCUGGAUAUAAAUUAUCUUUUAAAAACUACAGUAAAACCUGGUAUUUUUUUUAACUGAGGUUCUGUCAAGCAGUAGAAACACCAGUUUCAUGUCUACACAGGAUCCUCCUGGAAAGCUAAAAUGAGAGGUAUCUGCUUCCCAUUUUGAAGGAUGCAUUUUUCAUUUUCAGUGUCCCUAAAACUGUGGUGCACGUUGCAUGUGCAGCAUUAAGAAUUCCCGGUGAUGUUCUCCAAAGUUUCAACAUCCUAUUUGUAGUAUUCUUUUACAAAAUAUUUAUUUUACAUAUUUAUAUUUAUUUAAUUUUUACUACAAAGUGGUACCACAUUGAAAUGGUACGGGUAUAAAGCAUGCCAAAUCUUUUUAAUUAUAAGAAAAAAAGAAGAAAAUUCUCUCUGGUGCAGUAAUCAUAUUUUUAAAAGUGGACAAGAAAAAGGUAUACUGCAUCUUUUCAACCAACUUGUGCAUUUUUAUUAAAUCUGGAUAAAAAUCUUUUAAUUAUAAGGAAACCUUUAAUCUGUGUGGCUGUACUCUUGUGUGUCUUAAAUGAGUAAAUUAUUAAUGGUUAUUUGUAUGAUUGGGCAUUGAUAUGGGUAUGUGGAUUUUGCUUUCUCUUUUGUUCUAUUCAUUACAGGGAAAUGGAUUUUUCUAGUUUUAUAAUGCAGUGGCAGAUAUUAAGGUAAGAUAUCCAAAUACAGAUGUUACAGGACUGUAAAGCUUGAAAAUAAUAGUAGUCUUAACCUAACUUAAUUGAAAUGGUAUUUCAUAUUUUUGUAGUUCUUCUGUACAGUACUUUUAUAUUUCUUCUGAAUAAGAACUUCACACAGAUAAAGAAUAAAAAUAGAUUUUGAAA